CAGCUCAAGGGCAAAGAACAAAAUCAGCCCCCAAAAGCCUGUAAAAUGAUGCUCCAAUACAAGAAAGAGUAACCAGAAGAGAGGUCUGUAGUGGUCUUAGGGGUGUCUGAGCUCUUCCUUUGCAGACUUGAGUUUUGUUUACACAAAAGGAGGCAGGACAGUUCAAGGGCAAAGAACAAAAUCAGCACCAAAAGAGCCCACCGAGCCCUGCUCCAACAAAAGAAAAGGGAACAAGAGACCAGAAGAGCUCCUAAUAAGUGACAUACGAACAUAUAUACAUACAUAAAAAUAUACAUACAUUUUUGUACAGUAUAUAAAACGGACUAACGGGAAAACAUACCUAUAAAAAUUGGUCUCAACUUGCUUCUCUCUAUACAUACACACGUACAAACAUUAAUAUACAUGAACACAUACAUGCAUACACUUUUUGUACAGUACAUAUAUAAAACAGACCAAAGGCAAAACAAACCUAUAUAAAAAUGUUCCGAACUUGCUGCCUCCCACUUUAUUCAUUUUUUUGGCUGUCAGUGUUUGGGUUUCUCGCUAGUAUUUCAGGGCCGCGGGUACAAAGCUUGGUGUGUGUAUGACCUGUCUUAACUGUCAGCUGCUGGCGGCGAGCGGCAGAGCCUCGCAAGGCUUCCGCCAAAACAAGGCGCACAUUGUUUGAUUCCGUAAUACGGGCGCGGCAUCAGGCGGGUGAGGGUCUAGUAGUCUAGUCCCUAAUAGUUGAAUUUCAUUCAUAUAUAUUAAUUUUAUAUAAUUCCCCUUAUCUCUCGCACUUCAUAGCAUAACAUGAUAAGCAGAGCCAGGAGACGCUGGAGUAGCGGGCUGUGUGUGUGUAAACACAGGAACGGGCGGCGGCGCGGGACCCAAGGGCACAGUGGCCACGCCGCCCAGCCGCGUUAUUGUAUGGUGCAGUUGGUGAAAAUGCCACUCGGCCAUACUUUAAUUCUUCCUCGUUCUUCCUCGUCCGCGGCCCGCGUCGUUUCCUCUCUUCCCAGGUUACGUAACGUUAAGCGUGUUCCCGCUCUUCUCGGCACAUCACAAAGAAUAUCGGCUUCCCUUUCGCCUUCCCCGUCCACACGGCUACCAGCAAGGUUCCUACCAGAGGGAAGCUGAAGGGCUCGGCGCAGUUAAUACCCGCAGAAUUAACAGGAUGAGACAGUCAUGAGGUCAGCAUCGGCGCCGCUGUGUGGCGUGCUGAGCGUGCUGGUGACGGCGGUGCUGACGAUAGCAGGAUACCCGCCUGACGCACCGCUCCCCGCUAGCCCGCAGCAAACAACAGCCAAGUCAGAGUGGGCGGUGCUUCGGGCGUGGACGGACCGGGCCGGGGCGCACACAUAUGCCGCCACUCAAGGAGCGGGCAGUAGAGAGGAGCAGCCUUCCGCGGAGCCCCACCGACGCGGCCUGUACAUGACGGUCCUUCACCAGCGCACCGCCAGAGUGCUGGCGCGGCGCGUGUUCCUGACAGAGGAGCCGUACACGUGGUGGGCGGACCUGGUGUGGUGGCUGAGCCGGGUGGCACCGGGCAGAGUGGUGCUGCUGGCAGCGGGCGGCAGAGCCUCGCAGGGCUUCCGCCACGCCAGGAAGCUCCUGGCAAACCUGGGCUCUAUCUUUGUUCCCUCCCUGGCUCACGACACGUCCUGGAGCUGGGCCUUCGUCAAGGGAGGACGGACGCUGUUUGAGUCCGUCGCGCGGGGGCGGCAUCGAGGGCAGCAGGACGCUCCUGAGCUCAGCAGCGGCAGCGUGUCUGCUGAGGGUCUAGUGCUUCUCAUGCAGGGUCUUGGUCCAGCAGCCAAUUCACCACAAGACCACGAACGCUGGCACUACUGUGCCGCCCACGGUGCCAUGGGCGGCCUCUGUGACGAGCACAGCCCCGACCCACUGCCGCCGCCGCCGCCCGCCCCCGUGGCGCACCAGGCAGCCCUCGCCAACAUCCCUGUCGUCGUCACCGCCGGCGCCAGACACCAGUACCUCUACCACACCCUCACCGCCCUCCUGGCGGCGCCCGGCGCCCUCCGUCACAACGUGCUGGUAGUCCUGGGCGACGCCCCUCAGCCCACCGUCAGCCUCCUCCGCCUCCUAGGCCUCAAAUUCACCAGCGUCCCCGUCAGCGGCCAACACAACGACAAGCUCUUCCGCUACUACAGGGCCGUCUUCCGCCUGCUGGAGCGAUCCUUCCCCGACGCGCCCGCGGCCAUUAUGCUGGACGAGGACAUCGAGGUCUCACCGGACUUCUUCUCCUUCUUCAGCCAAACGCUGUGGCUGUUGCACGCCGACCCUUCGCUCUACUGCAUCAACGCAUACUCCCACCUGCCCACGCUAGCGAGAGGUCGUGGCUCACAGUUCGUUCGCCGAGGCGCUGUUCAGCCGGCUUGGGGCUACGCGGUGACGCUCAGCUUCGUGCGGGAAGCGUUGGCGAGUUGGCCCCCCACGAUUGAGCACGAGGACGUCCUGACGUACGACUACUGGCUGUACGACAAGCUGCGCCGAGGCCGCGAGGGCGUCUUCCCGGAGGUCAGUCGUGCCCGGCACUACGGGGUGGGCACCAACACUGUGCCUUUCAUGCACGAGUAUGAGGCGUGGCACCGCCCCCUCCUCCGCUCAGCCCACGUGCCUCUCCUCAACGCGCCUCUCAUGUUUUAUGCCAGGCAUGAGAACACGUUCCUCAGGGGCCUUCAGGCUGCACAAGCCAUCAAGGCGGAGGCCCUCUGCGGGGAGGACUUCCCUCUCCUUGCCGGCGCCUCCUCCCGCCCACUAGUAGUGUAUUAUGUUCAGGAGGAAGACGAGGACGUCACUAGCUGGUUUGAGCUGGCCCUGUGUUCGGGACUGCACAUGGGCUCGGAACAGGGGCACCACAAUGGCGCUCAUCUUGCGUUCUACUCUCGCCACCCAUGCCCACAGCCGCCCUCACAGCAUCCGCUUAACGCCUACGGCUUCAAAUACUACUUCCCAGGUAGUGGCGAGGCCGGUGAGGCGGACUACACCCGCGUGUACCUGGUGGGCGUCCCGCACUCCAGGUAUGCCUCGCUCCGGCCCGCUAAGGCUGAGGUCUUUGACGGACGACAGCUUUCCCCACAACAGCUCCACGCCCUCCGCGCCAGGUUUACCGACUCCCGCGACAUCCUGCUCUUCAAUGUCUCCACCCACAACUACGACGCCCUCGUGCAAGACAUAUUCCCCGAGUCACCCUGCCGUCAUCUCCGCCACCCUCCGUGCCGGCACGCUCCAGGCAAAUGAUAUUGAUCGAAAUAGUACAAG